AUGCGAGGAAACAUGAAUCUCUUCUUCUUCUUCUUCUUCUUCUUCUUCUUCUUCUUCUUCUUCUUCUUCUUCUUCUUCGCCGCCGCUGCCGCCGCCGCCUGCGUCUUCGCGCCUACCCUCUUUAGUCUUAUGUUCUCUGCCAUGCUGAUGGACGUCCACCAUGGCGAACGCCACGGGAUCCGCAUCGCCUACAGGACGGACGGUCACCUCCUGAAUCAGUGGCUAAUACACUUCCAGUCGCGUGUUUCCAUAACCACCGUCCAUGAACUUCUCUUUGCUGACGACUGCGCUCUCAAGGCCACCUCGGAAGGGGACAUGAAAAGGGAGCAUGGACCUCUUCACCGCUGCCUGCGACAAGUUCGGCCUGGCCAUCAACAUGAAGGAAACGGUGGCCAUGCAUCAACCGUCAUCCGACGCUACCUAUGUCGCACCCCAAAUCAACGUGAACGGCGUCCAACUACGAGUAGUAAACAGAUUCACCUACUCGGGCAGCACCCUCCCCCACAACACUAA